AAGCACAGUGAGACUGUAGUGACAGCAUACAGAAAUUACUAUGGAAAAGCUGCUCUUAUGGACAGGUCUGGCCCUUCUGCUGUAUUGCCAGACAGGCUCGGCCUACAAGCUAGUGUGCUACUUUACAAACUGGGCUCAGUACAGGCCAGACCCAGCCAAAUAUUUCCCUAAAAAUGUGGACCCCUACCUCUGCACCCAUCUGAUCUAUGCUUUUGCUGUCAUAAAUGGAAAUAAUGAAAUCACCACUUAUGAAUGGAAUGAUGAGACGCUUUACAAGUCAUUCAAUGAAAUCAAGAAGAAGAAUACAAAGAUAAAAACAUUACUAGCAGUUGGAGGAUGGAAUUUUGGGACUGAGAGAUUCACUGCUAUGGUUUCUAGUCUAGAAAAGCGACAGACUUUCAUAAAAUCUGUGACUUUAUUCCUUCGGAUGUAUGAAUUUGAUGGCUUGGAUCUGGACUGGGAAUAUCCUGGCUCCAGAGGUAGUCCUCCAGAAGACAAGCAACGCUUCACCACCUUAGUCCAGGAACUUCGGAAAGCAUUCGAGAAAGAAGGCAUUGAUAGUGGACUUCCCAGACUUCUGCUCAGUGCAGCUGUAGCUGCUGGUAAAGGAACCAUUGAUGCUGCCUAUGAAAUUGACAAAAUAUCACAGCACUUGGAUUUCAUCAAUAUGAUGACCUAUGACUUUCACGGUGCCUGGGAACAAGUGACAGGGCAUAACAGCCCCCUCUAUCAAGGCUCUACUGAUCAAGGAGACAAUAUCUACUUUAAUACGAAUUUUGCCAUCACAUACUGGAGGAACAAUGGAGCUCCAGCUGACAAGCUGAUAAUGGGAGUGCCAGCCUAUGGACGUACCUUCACUCUUGCAUCUGAUAAAACUGGUGUUGGUGCCCCAGCAUCUGGUCCUGCUUCUGCUGGGAAAUACACAAGGGAGGCUGGAUUCUGGUCGUAUUGUGAGGUUUGUCAAUUUUUAGAUGGCGCAACAACUGAGUGGAUUUCUGACCAGCAAGUUCCUUACGCAUACAAAGGAAAAGAAUGGGUGGGAUAUGACGACCUUCAGAGUGUGGAAGGAAAGGUAAAAUACACAAAGGACCAUAAACUUGGCGGUAUUAUGAUCUGGGCUCUUGACUAUGAUGACUUCAUGGGAUCCAUGUGCAACCAGGGAAUUAACCCAUUCAUUAGCAAAGUCAGUUCACUUUUGGGAGUUUCUGAAGGUUGCACUUCGCCCUCAACAUCUGCAUCUCCAAUAACAACCAGUGGUGCUGAUUUCUGUAAAGACAAGCUUGAUGGAACUUAUGCAAACUCUGAAGAUAAAACCCGCUAUUAUGUAUGUUCUGGAGGACAAACCUCCCGCAUGACCUGCCCUUCUGGCUUUGUGUUUAAUCAAGAUUGCCAAUGUUGUAACUGGACAAAAGAAGAAACACACAUUAAUGGUACUGAUUCUGAUUCUUGUAAAAGCAAUCCUGAUGGUAUAUAUCCAGACACAGAAGAUAAAACCAGCUAUUAUAAAUGUUCUGGAGGAAUAAAUUAUCACAUGACCUGCAUUAAUGGCUUAGUGUUUAAUCAAGACUGUUUAUGUUGUGACUGGCCAAAAGAAGAAACGCACAUUAAUGGUUCUGAUUUCUGUAAAGAUAAGCCUGAUGGUAUGUAUCCAGUCCCAGAAGAUAAAACCCAUUUUUAUCUGUGUUCCAGACAAAUAACCUACAACAUGACCUGCCCUUCUGGGUUAGUGUUUAAUCAAGAUUGUUUAUGUUGUGACUGGCCAAAAGAAGAAACACACAUUAAUGGUUCUGAUUUCUGUAAAGAUAAGCCUGAUGGUAUGUAUCCAGUCCCAGAAAAUAUAAGCCAUUUUUAUCUAUGUUCCAGAAAAAUAACCUACAACAUGACCUGCCCUGCUGGGUUAGUGUUUAAUCAAGGUUGCUCAUGCUGUGACUGGCCAAAAGAAGAAACGCACAUUAAUGGUUCUGAUUUCUGUAAAGAUAAGCCUGAUGGUAUGUAUCCAGUCCCAGAAGAUAAAACCCAUUUUUAUCUGUGUUCCAGACAAAUAACCUACAACAUGACCUGCCCUUCUGGGUUAGUGUUUAAUCAAGAUUGUUUAUGUUGUGACUGGCCAAAAGAAGAAACACACAUUAAUGGUUCUGAUUUCUGCAAAGAUAAGCCUGAUGGUAUGUAUCCAGUCCCAGAAAAUAUAAGCCAUUUUUAUCUAUGUUCCAGAAAAAUAACCUACAACAUGACCUGCCCUGCUGGGUUAGUGUUUAAUCAAGGUUGCUCAUGCUGUGACUGGCCAAAAGAAGAAACGCACAUUAAUGGUUCUGAUUUCUGUAAAGAUAAGCCUGAUGGUAUGUAUCCAGUCCCAGAAAAUAUAAGCCAUUUUUAUCUAUGUUCCAGAAAAAUAACCUACAACAUGACCUGCCCUUCUGGGUUAGUGUUUAAUCAAGGUUGCUCAUGCUGUGACUGGCCAAAAGAAGAAACGCACAUUAAUGGUUCUGAUUUCUGUAAAGAUAAGCCUGAUGGUAUGUAUCCAGUCCCAGAAGAUAAAACCCAUUUUUAUCUGUGUUCCAGACAAAUAACCUACAACAUGACCUGCCCUUCUGGGUUAGUGUUUAAUCAAGAUUGUUUAUGUUGUGACUGGCCAAAAGAAGAAACACACAUUAAUGGUUCUGAUUUCUGUAAAGAUAAGCCUGAUGGUAUGUAUCCAGUCCCAGAAAAUAUAAGCCAUUUUUAUCUAUGUUCCAGAAAAAUAACCUACAACAUGACCUGCCCUUCUGGGUUAGUGUUUAAUCAAGAUUGCUCAUGCUGUGACUGGCCUAAAGAAGAAACGCACAUUAAUGGUUCUGAUUUCUGUAAAGAUAAGCCUGAUGGUAUGUAUCCAGUCCCAGAAGAUAAAACCUAUUUUUAUCUGUGUUCCAGACAAAUAACCUACAACAUGACCUGCCCUUCUGGGUUAGUGUUUAAUCAAGAUUGUUUAUGUUGUGACUGGCCAAAAGAAGAAACACACAUUAAUGGUUCUGAUUUCUGCAAAGAUAAGCCUGAUGGUAUGUAUCCAGUCCCAGAGGAUAUAAGCUGUUUUUAUCUAUGUUCCAGACAAAUAACCUACAACAUGACCUGCCCUUCUGGGUUAGUGUUUAAUCAAGAUUGCUCAUGCUGUGACUGGCCAAAAGUAGAAGAAAGGCAUACAAAUGGCUGGGAUUUCUGUAAGGUUCAACCUGAUGGUAUUUAUGCAGACCCAGAAAAUCAAACCCGCUUUUAUGUGUGUUCUGGAAAAAUGACCAGCCAUAUGACUUGCUCUUCUGACUUAGUGUUUAAUUCAGAAUGCUCAUGCUGUGACUGGCCAGAAUUAAGAAAUGCACACUUAAAUAUCCUUAAAUAUUCAAACUGUAGCAGCUCUGAACCUAAAAUAUUGUGCAUUUUGAUUAUUGUUUGUUUCCUUUUUUCUUUCACUGAUCUUUUGCAGUGAAAUAAUAUUUGCCUUGUUCAUAUGACUCUGAUAAUGAAGACAUUCUGCAGCCAUACUGAGUUGAUUUUGAAAGCUAAAUUCUGUAAUGCUGCUGUUCUUUUUGAUGGUAUUCUACUUUAGUGGACACCUUUUCCAGUGUACCUCCCAAAUCUGUUUGUUACUAUUACUUCUCACCAAUAUUUUAACAGAAUGCCAACAGUGGUAAAUGACUAAUUAAAUGUAACCUCCUACUGUACUUUGCCCAGAGUCUGACACCAUGGGGUUCUAUUCUAUUCACCUGUCUGUUGCCCUCCUAAUAUACUUAUCUCCUAAUUCAGAUGAAAGCCAUGCAGAAAAAGAUGCUUUCACCACUGGGGCAGAGUCAUCACAAGGUCUACAUAUCUGCAGAAUGCAGGCUUUCUGCUCAUCAGUCCAAUGAUAUGUCUGUAUUUGAUGAUUACCAGCAGACAGUUUAAAAGUCCCUAUAAUUCCCAACCAAAUAAUGAAUUGUAUGUCCAGCUUCUAGGAUGCUGCUCCAAGUUUUUCCUAAUGAUUCUAGAGUGUGCACACCUUAGUUUGCAAUGUGGCUCUGGUAUACAUAGGCCUGUCUAGUACACAGAAAAGUUACUGUAUUUAUUUAGUUGCAAUAGCUGAGUUUAAGCU